AUGGGCGGCCCAAAGAAGCGGGAUUCGUUCGACCUGCGCGACGACACAAUCUCAGAGCUUGCCGAGGACCGCUCGCCCGGGGUCGAGGCCGAAGUAUUCUCUCAGCCGAUCGGCUAUAUACCCAAGUUUCCUGCUCCUCCACGCUAUAUCAAGGUCAAAACACAGUACAGAAAAGAGAAGGAUUUCGAUCGAUUGUUUCUGGCUCAGAUAGCCCUUGAUGCACCGAAACUGAAGUCCAGGAAGCCUUCGAUAGACUCUAAAAUACACGAUAUUAGAGACCCUCCGGCCACCUCUUCGGCUACGUCGACGGGCACGGCAAAGUCUGCAAUAUGGGCGAUGGAGUUCUCGAGGGAUGGCAAAUACCUUGCCGCUGCCGGGCAAGACAAAAAGCUGAGGGUGUGGGAAGUCAUCUCUAGCACGGAGGAGCGCGAGUUUGAGGAGAAGCUCGCAGAAUCGGAAAACGAUGGGAACAAGAUCAAAUUGAAUGCUCCCGUCUUCAAGAACAAACUUGCAAGGGAGUACGAUGGUCACACCUCGAGUAUACUUGACCUCAGCUGGAGUAAGAACAACUUCCUAUUAUCCUCCUCGAUGGACAAGACAGUUCGACUAUACCAUGUUAGUCGAGCCGAAUGUUUGUGUGCCUUCAAGCACAACGACUUUGUGACGUCAAUACAGUUCCAUCCUCGUGAUGAUCGUUUCUUCCUGGCUGGAUCUCUGGAUUCCAAGUUGCGUUUAUGGAGCAUUCCUGACAAGAAUGUGGCGUACUGGGCACAAGUGCCUGAUAUGGUUACCGCUGUUGCGUUCACACCCGACGGGAAGACCGCGAUUGCUGGUUGUCUGAACGGUCUCUGCAUUCUGUAUGACACAGAGGGAUUGAAAGCACAUUCGCAAAUCCAUGUACGGUCAGCACGAGGAAAAAAUGCGAAAGGAAGCAAAAUCACCGGGAUUGACACGAUCGCCCUGCCCAGAGAUAACGCGCCACCGGACGUUAAACUCCUGAUCACGAGCAACGACUCCCGAAUACGAAUGUACAAUUUGAAAGACAGGACGCUGGAAGUCAAAUUUAGAGGAAACGAGAAUACUUGCAGCCAGAUCCACGCCUCUUUCAGCGACGAUGGGAAGUAUGUGAUAUGUGGAAGUGAGGACCGGAAGGCGUAUAUAUGGCCUACUUCAGUACAUGAGAGGCCGGACAACGAUAAACGACCGAUGGAAGUGUUUGAGGCGCAUUCCGCGAUUGUCACCACCGCCUUACUAGCUCCUGAAAAGACACGGAGGUUACUUGCACAGUCCGGGGAUCCUUUGUACGACCUUUGUAAUCCUCCCCCAGUGACCUUGUUCAGCCGUGCAGACUCGGUAAUAUCUUCCCGCGCGCCUACGAAUAAUAGUUCUGACGAGAAGAACCCCAUAUCUGAGAAACGGCUGUCGGGAUCCCCAAAGCGUGCUCCUGAAAGCCCAGCUUUCCUUGCGCGGCAUUCCCAUCCAGGCGGUCAAAUCAUAGUGACGGCGGAUUACACCGGACAAAUCAAGGUGUUUCGGCAGGAUUGUGCCUUCCAGAAACGCAAACACGAAUCGUGGGACGCAGGGUCGGCGUUUUCUAAGAAGAUGCUUGGUCGAAGCGGUUCUGUGACUACUCGCACCUCUACCACAAGUUCCACGCGUCGCAGCUCGUUUGUCAUGGGUUCAAAGACUCAGUCAACGGACCGCAUCCUAAGCUGGCGGAACUCGGUCAACGCGACAGUUGCUGGCAGUGCUACGUCGGCCAGCAUGGUCGAGAUUCGCGGAUCAAUGGGCAACGAACGGUCACGUAGUGCAUCGCCGAAGAAACUGAUCUCGCAUCGACUGUCGCUACGAAAACCUUCGCCGCCGACCAAGAACGGCGCUCUUUCUCCGACAUCUCCAGUGUACCACUCGCCCCUCAACCAGAUGCAGAAUGGGCCUUCGAUAGCGGUAACCUCGCCUACCGUUGACUCCCCAGAAAGCUUCCAUUCACCUGCACAGAAAACACCAGACUACGAAAAGCAUAUCUCACCGACGGACUUCAAGCCGAUCAGAACAAACCCCUCGCCCUCAGACCUACCCCAGAACGAUCCUCUCAUGCUCAUGGACCAGCAGUCGUUCCUCGCCUGGGACAUCCGCAAUACCCUGAUACCCAUGGCGAAACACACUCCUCGGACGCCCGGAUACCUGGGUCCGGAUGGCAAUCCUCUGUCACGCGCCGAGAGUUAUGUCAGUCAACUGUCCAGUGAAGUCACCGCGUCGGAUCAGGAAGCACACAGUGCCAACGCCAGUGUGCAUGAUGGCGACGACGAGAGAGCCCGUGACGGUCGCAAGUCUCGCUCACGCAGGAGGAGCAGCAAUGGCAGUGAGGGCGAACUGCGCUGUCGGAAAUGUCGGGGUAAGACGUUCAAAGCGACCAUGACCGACAAGGGCCAGACGUUCCGAUGUAGAAAGUGUGGUACCGUGGUGUGA